AUGCACAUGAAAGCGAUGUUCUACGUUAAAGUUAAAGUAGUGCAUUAUCGUUACAAAUGGUUAACUAGCGAGCGUUAUGAUAAUCGAUACAUAACCAAUGAUAUACGUACCAUCGAUUUGAUAAGAGCGCGACAAGAGAAAGAGACAGUUUUGCCUCUCAAUCCGCGAGAACAGAAAAGAUAUGCAUCAUUAACGUCUACCAAGUUGAUCAAGCCUGAAAGGGUUAAGUUAGCUAGAUCUUUAGUAUUUUUAAGCAUGGCGACGAUGAAACUUAUCACCUUCAUGGCGAUAGAUUAUAGUCUUUUUUGGAUAUUAAAAAUGAUCCAAAUCUAUGGACGAUAUCAAAGUAAGGUGGAACGACCAAGUGUGAUAACUAUUCAUGUAGCCGGUGAUGGAUAUUUGGCUGAACUUUAUAGAAGCAUCAUAAAAUCGUUUACACCUCAUGAAAACGAAGCGGAAAUAGAUACGUUGCUUUGUCUCCCGGAUCCUAUACCUCCUAAUACGGAUAAAUAUGUCCAAAUCAUCACUAUAAUACUUUUAUGCUGGCUGAUAACUUUCUUUGAACCUUAUGGUUUACGAUUAAGACAAGUGGUCAUGUGCCAAUAUUACCCUGACAGAGCGAAACAAAGAGCAAUUUGGCUGUACAAUCAUAUAAUCAGAUCAAGAGUGAGUUUUUUGAAGUUCGCUAGACGUCAAUUGCGCCGAAAAUUCGGUCUGAGCGGAGACGAAGUUGUCGAAAAAAUGACAUUAAGGGAGAAAUUAUGGGCUAUGUGUCCAUUUUUGAACACGUUAUUCCCAUUAAAACAAACUGCAUGCCUUCUAUGUGGCGCGAUCGAACGUCCUGAACAUGAACCACAUAUUAAAUGCCCAACACCUGGUUGCGUUGGUCUGUAUUGCACGCAGUGUUUCGCGGAUUUGCAGAAAUUAUGCACAAUUUGUCGAAUGCCGGUGGAGUAUGGUGAUUUGACCGAUAUGAGUGAGGAGAAAGAUUCAGAAAUUGAUGAACCAAUAAUACCGCCAAUAAUACCUGAACCUGAAGAACCAGAGGUGGAAGAAGAGGAAAUAGUGGAAGAAGAAGAGAUACCAGUGGAAGAAGAAGAGAUACCAGUGGAAGAAGAAGUGGAAGAAAUUGUGGAAGAAGAAGAAAUAGAGAUACCGGUGGAAGAAGAAAUAGAGAUACCGGAGGAAGAAGAAAUAGAGAUACCAGAGGAGGAAGAAAUACCAGAAGAGGAAGAAAUACCAGAGGAGGAAGAAAUACCAGAAGAGGAAGAAAUUCCAGAGGAGGAAGAAAUACCAGAAGAAGAAGAAAUAGAAAUGAUAGAGGAAGAAGAAAUAGAGGAAGAACCACCAAUAGAGGAAGAACUACCGAUAGAGGAAGAACCACCAAUAGAAGAACCACCAAUAGAGGAACCACCAAUAGAAGAACCGCCAAUAGAGGAACCGCCAGUAGAGGAACCACCAAUAGUCGAACCACCACUAGUAGAACCACCACCAGUAGAGCCACCACCAGUAGAGCCACCACCAGUAGAACCACCACUAGUAGAACCACCACCAGUAGAGCCACCACCAGUAGAACCACCACCAGUGGAACCACCAGUAGAAGUCGUUGAAAAACCAGAAGUAGAGCCUAUCCUUAGUUUCGAAUAUCAGGAAGAAGAACCUCCAGAGGAACCUCCAGAGAUUGUAAAACGGAGAAUACCUUUUAAAGAUGUGGAAGCACAAAGAAUAAGGGACGACGUAACAAUUCAAGUUGACGAAAAGCCGUGCAAAGGAUUGCAAAAGAAACGUCCAUCCCUUAUGAAUAAAAUUGUCAGCAUGCUUACGAGGAAGGAAUCGAUGCCGAUGCAAUCAUACAGAAGAGUAAGAAAGAUAAAAGAUUCCACUUCUUCGUGUUCCUGUGACGAUGAAAACGAGAGUCUGUUAAAAAUAGAAGACAGAUCCACUGGAAAUAUAUAUUUCGCUAAACGAAGAACUAAAAGGCCAACUAUGGAAGAUGAUUGUGAUGAAAAUUUUAGUGAGAUAGUCCCGUAUGGAAGAUUCGCCACUAAACAAUUACCAAAGCAUUUGGAAUCCGCUGUGAAAGAUACAUGUUAUUUCGAGGAAGAUGAAACUAAAAAUUUACGUACACGAAAGUGUGUUCGUCAAAUGGAAGACGUUAAAUCUGAAUUAUCGAGAGAUCUUGGAAUUUCAGAAAGGAAAUCUAGGACUUCAGGAGGGUAUCCUAGAUUUUUGAAAGGAAAUCCUAAAAAAGAAAGUUCUGAAAUUACGAAAAGGAAAUCUGGAAUUUCAGAAGAAGAAUUUAAAAUUUCAAAUAAAGUAACUAGAGUAGAAGAACCUAGACCUCUGAAAACCAUGAAGCCUUUGAAAACUUUUUGGUCGUCGAAAGUUAAAGAAAAAAUUGAUACAGAUGAAGAAACGGAACUUGAUGAUACGGAACCCAUAGAAAUAAAAGUUGAUAAAACAAGCGAUUUACUACCAGAUAAAAACAGAUUCACUCAAACAAAGUUUUAUAAACACGAUAAAGACGAUAAAAAUGGUAAACUAGAUAUUAGAAAUCCAGACGUAAAAAAGAUUAGUAAACUUCCAAGAGAGUGCAGAAAACAUCAUCGUAGCCGUUCGAAACGAAGAAAAUCCAGUUGUUCAGAAGAAUCAAUAUUAACGGAUGAUGAAGAAAUAUACGAAUACAAAUCCAAAUUAAAAAAACCAUGUCGAUAUGUUCCUGAAACACCUAGAGAAAGAAGACAAACAAAAGAAUGGGAAUCGUGCGAAAAUAUUCAUUUCCCAUACGAAUGCGAGUGUUGUCCACGAAAUUGUAGAACGCAUAUUUAUAAAAGGAGUGCUUCUGAAAUUCCUCGUGAAUUUAUCACGACGGAACCAGAAGCAACCACGCGAAGACCCGAAAUGCCUAUGGUAAAAAGAUAUUUACCUAUGUAUCAAACUCCAGAAUUAAUUGAAGAGUUGAAAAGACACGAUAGAAUGAAAUUAAUUCAAGAAAAAGAAAAGAAAAAACAUAGAGAUGGAAGCCCUUUUCGAUGUUUAGACAGUUCAACGAGUAGUAGAAUGGAGACUCAAAGGAUCCAUCCUUCUCUUAUAUCUGAACGUUCAUUCAAAGUAAUUCAGCAAGAUGACAGAUAUCCUUAUCAGGAAUCGCAGACUUAUAAAAAUGUCUUAAACGAAUUUCAAAGAAGAAUUGGAUGUCGAGAAAGUCGUAAAUCUUGCGAAGGCAUACCACUAAUAUGUUUGUCUGAAAAAGCAGAUAAAAGUAAACGUGUAAAACAACUUUAUCCUGUCAAAAGUCAAAGUCAAAAAAAAUCGGAUCUGAAAAAAUUCGUUCAUAAAAUGUCGCCUAGAUGUAAACAUAAGAUUCACAAAGCAAAUGUAAGGUUUAAACAAAUGAAAAGUUGUGAUUGCCCACACGAUUCAGAAGUUUUAAGUGAGACAUCUUCCGCUUGUAGUUGUGCCACAUAA